AUGGCUCCCUUCAUCAACAAGGCCAAGGACUUGUUCGGAAAGAACAGAACUGACGAGCACCGCCGGGACGACAACCUCCAUGACGGCUACACCCGGGACGGACACUCCCACGAUGACACCACUACUCGGGAUGAUCACCGCCGCGAGGACUACUCUCAGGAUGGUCACUCCCAGGACGGUCACUCCCAGGACGGUCACUCCCAGGACGGUCACUCCCAGGACGGUCACUCCCAGGACGGUCACUCCCAGGACGGGUACUCUCAGCAUGGACGCACCCACACCGAGCACACCGGACCCGUCCAUCGCAACGAGACCUUGAACAAGGCCGAUCCCCGCGUGCACAAGAAUGAUGCCCACAGCCACUCUAUCGAUGCUAGAAGCAUGCCGCCCUCGUUCGUGCACGAGAAUCACGGCGAGCCGGCCAUAGAGCACCCUUACCCUCAGGACAGCAAGCACAAGAGGCACUCGAUCAGUCACCAGGAGCAGGAAUUUCUGCGAUAA